AUGAGCGACAUUCCUCAACAAUUCCUUCAUCCAACAGUCGGUGACAAGAAUCGUGCAACUCUUAGCCGUGCAUACGGAAUUACGAUUACGUGGCACGCCCCAGGAGUACAGGAGGCGUCGUGCAACCAGAAGGCUUCUCACCACCCUUCUCGGACUGUAAGAUCCACGGCUUACGGUAGCUUCCGUAUCUCCGAGUGGACCAGGAUUCUCGCUCCCAAGUCGAGAAACCCAGCCCUCUAUACUUCGACCUCAGCAUCUCAUAAGCUUGAUAAAAAGAUUGCAGACCUUUCCCCCGCCUUCGAAUCAUUCCACGACAGUGUAUAUUCCAGGGAUGCAAACAAGAACGACUCCACGUACGAUAACUCAUAUGCUGGCCCUGAUUUAUCCAAAAGAGGCCUUUACAAACUGGGACAAAACUCCCCGAGCGAUGCCAGCAUCUUACAACAAGCCUACUUGGACAUGGUACAGGUUGUGACCUUCGUUGCCGCGAAUCCUAAUCCUCAAGUCAUGGCACGUUACUUCAGUCCAGCUGAUGCCGCGGACGUUACUGCUAUCUUCAACACUGUCCGCUUGAUGGCCCAGCCUGGUGGAUUCCCUAAUCCCCUAGCUGACGUUCUCCCAAUUUGGACGGACCUGUCAGACAUCACCGUGGUUCACACGAACGGUAUCAAGGAGCUUGGAACCCUGGCCGAGUCAGACCGUACGAAUAUAGGAAUAACAACCGGGCAGAUCAUCAACGUUUACGAUUUCGGAUGGACGGCGUUAUGGCAGCGACUACUGGGUGAUCUUCAAUGUGCGCGUGACAUUGGGCCAAAAACCAAUUACAAGAUGCAUUUCCUAGGGACACUUCUUCUUCACGAGACACUACACUUCGACGUUGUGACUUUCCUCGCAUGGGGAGUGGGUGUAGGGGGCCCAUAUCUCGAUGAUCAAGCUGGCAGCUUCCCCUGCCUGUCGAAAGCCUACGGACCUUGGGAAGCCAUCCAACUUUUGGGAAGGGAUCCAGCUCUGGCCAAGAUAAACAUCGAGAACUACGUUUGGUACGCUCUAGAAACCUUCUGGCUAAAUCGAUGUCCCGGCCGGGCUCCUGGGAACAUGUUCACAGCGCCGAAGAAUAACGACAUUCCAAACGUCUGCAAGCAGGGUUUCAAGGGGGCCCUUGCAAGUAUAUGGUGUUGGAUAUCUUGA